AUGUCAGGCGAGGACGUGAUAUUGCGUUCUUUGUCGCUUUAUCAUCUGGCUCAACUUCCCGUUGACAGACAUGGUAGACCAGAAGACACCUGGUUGAGCAGCCUCUUUGCCAACCGCCAGCAUCGGGUUUUCCCUCCAUCACGUUUCCAGCGUCUCUCCAAUCACUCCUAUGCUGAUGGCAUUCGUGCCAAGGCCAGCUCCGGUUUCGGUCUCAGUCUGAUGCUCUUGGGCAGGCACGAAGGCCGAGAUAACACUCUUCGAUCGAGAGUCGCAGCCCAUCCCCUUAUCUUAGGGGACCUGGUUCCCGAGCCCAAAACAUCUGGUCAUUUUCAAGUAUUUUUUGUUUUACUCUAG